GAAGCAGUAAACCACCAAACAAAAAUGCUUGAGGUACACACUUUGUGUAUACACUUUGUGUACACUCGUAUGUCUCUUAAGAAAAUUUUGUGAACUCAUAUAUGAAUUGUCUGUGACAGACAAAAUUUUCUUAAGAGACAGACGAGUGUACACAAAGUGUGUACACAAAGUGUGUACGUCUAGCAUUUCUCAACCACCAAAACCCUUUUCCUGAAUUUAAAAAUUUCUUAUCUAGAUCAUACAAAAGUUAUUGAAAAAAAACAGCAUAAGUAUCAUACGGACUUUCAAUUUCCAGACUUUCACUCACUUCCGGUAUACACUAUAUGACGAUUGCUCUGUUCGAUUCCUUCAGAUCUCUCGUUUCAGUUUUCCAGCUUGUAGAGAGCAGCCAAGAUUGGUAAAGAUUUAAUAUUUAUGCUUAAGAGGGAGCGAGAGAUUCAUUAUCUCUAAAGAAAAUGGAGGAUUGUAUAGAUUUUACACAGUGGCUUGGACCAGAUAUGUCCAUAAAGAUUCUUUCUUGUUUGGAGGACCCGUCUGAUCUUGUUCGCGCUAGCGCCGUCUCCACCUCCUGGCACCAAUUAGUGAUCGAAAGCAGUUUGUGUAAAGACCUAUGCUUGAGAGAGUUUCCCGAAAUAGCAGGUCUAACUGAUGUCAUUGAAAAAAAACACGCGAGUGACACCGCAGAAGUUGAGCUUGGUAAAAAGGAUGCCAAGUUGUCACGUCUGGAGAGAAAUCAUCAAGUUUAUGCAUUUCUCAGCAGAGGUCUAAGUUCCUUCAUGAUGAAAAAUUGCAUCACAGAGGCGCUUUGUGCAUCAAGCACUGAUAAUUACCCAGAAGAAAGCAUACAGAAUACUUUACUCCCAAGUGAUAUGGUGGGUCAUAGAGCUUCGUACUGGUCAAGCAAAGGAGAAAGUGAUCCCACUGUUCCAGAGACUCUCACAUAUAAACUAGCUUCAAGGUUGUGUUUGGUUACUGAGAUUCAUGUACAGCCAUUUCAAGCCUAUUUUCAGUUUGGUUUCCCCAUAUAUUCAGCGAAGGCGUUGCGAUUCAGAUUGGGGCAUUGCCAGGUACCUAUGGAAUCAGAGAGAAAUAAUAUCACAGAUGAGACCGGAGCCGUUAAGGGACCUCUUGGUGAAAAGUUUGUGUGGACAUACACCUCACCGGAAUUCCCAAUGGCUCAAGAGAGGAAGCUGCAAAAGUUCAAGCUGCCAGAACCUGUUCUUUGCAUUGGAGGAAUUUUGCAAUUACAACUCCUGGGCAGAGUGCAGAGACAAGACGUGGAUGACUUAUUUUAUAUAUGUGUGGCCCACGUUCGAGUUGUUGGGAGACCGCUCUCACCUGCAUUUGAUGUUGAAAUUCGUGAUCAAUCUGGAAAGUUCAGCUUGAAGUAUUAUCCAGAAAAAAAGAAUUUGGCCAAGUCCGGUGAUGAGCACUUGAGUGGCUUGUCUCGUUUUAAUAGGUUCGCUGCAAGCAUUAGAAGUCUGCACACGGUGCUUGGAGUGGGAGGAGCUUUUGGUAUUGAAGAAGAAGAUGAUGGUGAUGAUGAAGCUAUAUAGCACAGAAACUUUCAAGAAAGAGUACGUUUCAGUUUUGGAAACUACGGAAAUUAUCUGGAAAUUCUCAAAACAAGCGUUUUUUGAGCAAAAGAUUUCCCGUUUCCUCGUGAUUUUCGCGUUUUCUUGCAACACAACGAUGAAGGCAUGAAGCUGCUACUUAGAUGAAUGUUUGUUGUACGUGUUUGUAUCAUUUGCCAUGUUCUUUUGUGCGUGAAUUUGGCUGUCUUUUUUCUUUGAAUCUUACUUGUUUUAAAAAAUUCUAUAAUUAAAGAAAUAAGCCUUGUCAUGGGAUAGAAGUAUACAUUAUCCUGCAAUAAGUUGUGUGCUUCUCGAUAUUAUAUAAAUGGAGAAGAAAUGCAGAGUUCGGGAUCUCCCCCUAUUUUUGUGUAAGAGGACUUUUGAUAGGACGAAAUUGAAGAGUUUAAUUUUUAUUGUACAUGAGGCUGAUAUAAUACAUUAAACUCCUUUCUACAAAUCAAG